CGACGUUUACAAAUGCUUCCAAUAUAGUCAUCAUGUAUAUUUCCCGACCAAAGAGCGCGAAAAUUAUGCGGCAAUGUAUAAGGUCAAGGAGGAUGCCCAAGCUAAAAAAACGUUCUUAUCAGCAGAAGAAUGCUGCCAGGAGGGAGAUGAUAAGGCAGAAAAGGAUUUCAGAGAAGGGUGGUGGUGAUGGAGUUCUUAAGAACUCUGGUAAACCUAUUUUUGAGGGUCUGAAAAGCCCUUCAGAUUCCCAAGGGUCUGCAUCAUCUAACGAAAGAUCACAAAGAAUGACACGGACACCGAAAAUUCCUCUUCUGUCAGCCUCCAAAAAGUACAAAAGAAAAAAACCUGUGACAGAAUGCAAUACCAUGAAAAAGGACACGGAAAGCGACAGUAGGCUUAUAAAGGGAUUUUAUUCCACUACCCAAUCAGUUAGGGUGUGUGUGGAGACCUUAAAUUCAGACCGAGCGCUAGAUAACUCUGUUUGUGUCAAAAUUGAGACGGAUGAAUGGUAUAAUACGGCUGCUGGUUUUAAUUCUGCUUGUGUUAAAUUAGAACAGGUUCAAGGGGACGAGAUACAUUCAGAUCACAAAAAACAAGAUAGCUUCAAUUUAGUACAUGAACAAACAGGAUGUUUACAGAUGGAUCAAUGUAAAGUUAUGCAUGUUCAGACUGCCCCUUUCAGUCAUUCAGGAAGUGUUUCCUUACUUCAGAAUAUGAUGACUGAGAAUUCUGCAGAACAGCAUUUUCCCAUUGCAAGCAAUUCAUCUCUGCAUGCAAAUGCGCUUGUAUGCACUUCAAAUGUGGAAACAAUGCCAAAUUACCAACUGAGUCCAUCAGAUGCUUCAACCGAAGCUGAUGACCGACUUUUUUUGCAGAGCUGGUAUGGCCUGCCUUCUGAGAAUCAUAAUGAUCAUUCAAUAGAUGGAAGUGUAAGCGAUGUUAAACCAGUUCUCUCAACUCUGGACAAAAACACUUUGCAUGGAAAUGGACAGCAUGGGUGUAUUUGUAACCCUGGUUCAGGUAUUGUGCCAUCUGUUGUGUCUCCUUCAUGGCCUACAGUUGACAGCCAACCUACUGACCCUACCCAGGUAGUAAAUAUUCCUCUGCCAAGCUCUUCAACUCAGAGUACACAGCCCCAAUACUUCCAGCACCAGCAGCCACAACUAGUAACCACAGUUAAGAUCCCGCAUUGUGGGGGCAUGGCCGAACCAGUGUUUGAUGAAAAACAGGAUACUGGUGAUCAAACACUUGAGGAAAACAAGCUUUUGGUUUUAAACGAAUUGCAGCUUAGCCUGUUUGGUUCUAAAGAAGAUUUAUUAGCUUUUGAAAAUGGAAACUUGUUGCCAAGUGUACAACAUUUUUUCUCUGAUUUAACUCCUGCCAUUAAUUUUGCUUCCAAAACUGACGCAAAUUUGUUAUGCACUUUACCAGUUCAGGAUUUGCCUACGAGUGUAAGCAUCCCUUCUGUUGUUGGCAGUUCAGUGACAGCUGACAGUCGUAAAUCUACUGAUGCUGUGGGUGAAAGGGCUAGUAAAUCAGUUAAAAAGGACGUUCCCAUAAACCAAUCCAUUGGCUUGUCAAGUGAUGUAACUGAAAGUAUGGACCAAAAAGUUGCAAUAUUACCUUUGAAUGCUCUGCAUGUGCCAAUGCCUUUACUUAGUUGUGAUUCAAAAUCAAAUCAAUUACAAGGAACUUCUGACAGUCAGAGAGAUGGAAUGUCUUUGUCUGUAAGUUCUAAAAGGACAGAAUUUGCAGUGACAUCUGAGAUCAAUUCAAAUCUAGCAGCAGAAUCUGCUGAAUCAUCUGAUGAUGACUGUGUGGAGAUAUUCAUUGGAAGAAACAAAAGGAAAAGAAAUAGCCAUCAGUCAACUCAUCCGUCACCAAAGAGGGUUAGAGAUCAAGGUUCGUCAAGAGGCGUAGUCCAGCCCACAGGUGCUUCAACAAGAGUGAAUGCUGCGAUAGAGAGUGAUCAAGUGAAGAAAAUUGUAAAAAAGUAUCUAGAGUCCCAGACAGCACACUAUACGCCAGCUGUCGUUCAUGCGGAAUCUGCACCACAUCCUACACCUUACGUUGCGGUCUCCCAUUUGUCCACCGGUCCUCGUGCCAUCAUAGUCGUACAUCAUUCCAUCGUCGCCUAUCUCGCCAUCCCAUUCGUACAGCAUUUCCUUACCGCCCAUGACUGCAGAAUAAACAGAGAGAAAAUGCGCGUGUGUAUGUGUUGUACGCUCAGUUAGUUCGUUUGUGAUAUAAUAACAAUUGACAAAAUCACCAACAGUGCCGCAUAUAACUGCACUUGUAAAAUGAAAAGGUAAAGGAUCGGUUUACAGUCUGAAAUUGAUAACGUAACAUCUUCAAACGAAUGCCAAAUUUACCCCGACCCUCGACCCCCCCCCCCCCCGCUUUCACACUCUUAGCGAUAUGAAGCCACGGCUAGUUUUAUUACAUGAAUACAUUUAUACAAGUGCAUAAUAUACUCUACUGUAGCAUAAUAAUAAUAAUGAAAUACUGUGUAUAUGUGUUGUAUGCUCAUUUAGUUCGUUUGGGAUGUAAUAAUGAUAAUAUCUGAAAUUAUUGUGUAAUACAUAAAUAUAAUACAGUUGUAAAUUUAUGCUCACAAAAUGACAAUAUAAUUUUCAUAGAGUAAGCAUUUGACUGACUGUAAACUACAUCAUUGAAUUGGAAUUCCAUUUGACCUCUACACUGCUCUUGGAAUGAUUAACUUACCGCCACCCAUUCCUCUGCCAUUGUUGACGGGGGUUCCGAAGACUGGAAUUAAAUAUAUAUAAGCAGUGUAAAUACAAUGACUCAAAACAAGACGUCCAUCUAACAAGCUGGAUGUUAACAGAAUGGUGUUUACGAUUCUGUAUUGAUGUAUUUUGCAUAGCAAACAAUCCAUGUUUAUCAACUGACGUUUCUAUGUGUUUUCAAGAGGUUUGCUUGAAGAUUCGUAUUUUUAGUGAAUAUUUGAAUACAAAAACAGGUUUAUCACAAUCUAAUAAUUCUAAAUUGUAGUUCAGAUUUAAGAAUACAUAGGUUAGUAAAGA